AUCACUUAUCCCUAUGAUGAUUUGGUCCAUAAUGACUUCUAAUCAGCUGUCUAAUCACAAGCCUUACCCAAUGUGUAUUGUGGUUUGUCCCACAAUAAACUCUCUUACAAGCUGGUCAUGUAUCUGUCAUCUUGGCACCAUAUCUCUCAAUUUUGUCCGUGGAUUAUCAAGGGAAACAGGCUUUUAUGGUGGCAUGUAGCAUUUUGAAAGCAACAAUAUGUAUAACAUCUACGUUCCCAAUCCUGUCUUGGUCAUAAUUGAUGUCGAGCCUAAGGAGAUGGGAAUUCCAACUAAAGCUUACUAUGCUGUUGAAGAGGUUAAAGAGAAUGCUACUCAGAAAAGCCAGAAGGUAUUUGUGCAUGUGCCUUCAGAAAUUGCCGCUCAUGAUGUUCAGAAAUUGCUGUUCUGUUGUUUGAUUCUCCUCUUGAGCUCCGUUCUGUUCCUCACUGUCACCGUGAGAUCGCCGAUCUUCAAGGCUGUUCCAAGAAAGCGUUUCCAUAAUGUUGUUGUAAAGAAUGGUCUAGGUCUAACUGUCGCUUGUAUGGCAAUGAGUUCAGCUACUGGUUGUCCUGCAGAUGAGACUAAUCUGACUGGUGUGGGUGAGAUCAGACUAAUACCUGAUUUAUCAACGAAGUGUAUAAUUCCUUGGUAGUACAUCUCUUUCAUAAGUAUUACCUUUGUCUCUCCAUUGCAACAUAAUUUUUGUUAAACAUUCAC